AUGGCGUUGAAAGCUGAAUUUGCAUUUUUAUUUGAAGCUCACAACAGUCCUCGAUAUGCUAAGAACGGACAGAAAAUCGAAGAAGCAAAUGCCUUUCAGAAUGUUCCGAGAUCAGAGAGCGGCUCAAAACCAGAAUUGCCACCCGAUGUUACCAAAGAAAAAUGUAAAGUUUUGUUGAAGCAGAUGGCAUCAGGAGUGGAAGCACUGAAGAGCGAUUCGAACCUAUGGAUCAACGACUCGUGGAAAAACCAGGCUACGCAGUACGUGCUGGAUAACCUACAGAAGAUGAUCAAAUGCAUCAAACAUUUUAACGGUUCUGAAAUGAUUUUGUACUAA